AUGAAUCCACACGGUAAACUCGCUUCGGUUAUUUUCAUCAACGCCAUUUGUUCUUUGUCGGUUACUUUGGGAGCUCUACCUUGUCCACCUACUUGGCAGAAACGACUGGGUUCUGAAUACCACGUCAAGUCCGAUCCUAUGGAAUGGGCCAAGGCAAGGGAAUUCUGCCGAGGAAUCGGGGGCGACCUACUGAUGCCCAAGUCAGCAGAGGAGAACACAUUCGCCAACUCACUACUGGAGAAAGAGGGAGUGAAUAGGGCGUGGCUGAAUUGCCAUAGAGAUGGGGCGUGGCUGUGUAUCGUGAACGGGGUGGGGCAGUGGCCACCGUUUAACAAUCCAGACUCUCUUCAGCCUGAAUUGGAUGGCAACUGCCUCACCAUGAAAGCAGAGGAUGGAAAAUGGCGCCAUACAUAUUGUGAUGGGCAAGCGAGUGUCGUCUGCGAGAGGAAGGCAACAUGGCGCGUCAGUCCAGUCAAGUAUUGUAUGACUGCUGGCACAGAUGGUCGUCUGGUUACCAGCUCCGGUCAGUGCGUCCACGAUCCCAACUUGAUGUAG